UCAAACAGGCGUCAGAAGAUGACAAACAGGCGAGCGAUCAUGAGCUGCUCUCUUCCCCCGCGUCCAGCGCGCUCGGCGCGGAUCUGACGGAGCGUUCCCCGCAGCGGCAGCCGCCUCUUAUGGACGCCGAGCGGAGCGAAGCUCGCACCGAAGCAGCAGAGCCAGACCUCUCGACGCGCAUGGAUUUGCCCGCGGGGGAACUUCUUCUCAGCGCCUGAUCGCUCCCACCGCAGCCUCGCCCUCUCUCCCCAUGAAAAACAGCGUCUGGAGCGGCGCGAUGAUGUCGAGCAAAAGCGCGGAAUGGCUGCAGGAGGAGCUGCAGUCCGGCGGCGGGUCGCUGCUGCUGCUCGACUGCCGCUCACACGAGCUCUACGAGUCCUCGCACAUCGAGUCCGCCAUCAACCUGGCCAUCCCGGGGCUCAUGCUGCGCCGCCUGAAGAAGGGCAACCUGCCCAUCCGCUCCAUCAUCCCCAACACCGAGGACAAGGAGCGCUUCGUGCGGCGCUGUAAGACGGACACGGUGCUGCUGUACGACGAGGCGGCGGCGGCGGCGGACUGGCAGGGCUCCGUGCUGGGGCUCCUCAUGCACAAGCUGAGGGACGACGGCUGCAAAGCCUACUACCUGGAAGGAGGAUUUAACAAGUUUCAGACUGAAUACCCAGAGCACUGCGAGACGAACCUGGACUGUUCGUGUCCGAGCAGCUCUCCGCCCGCGUCCGUCCUGGGGCUGGGCGGCCUGCGGAUCAGCUCCGACUGCUCCGAUGGCGAGUCGGACCGGGAGCCGGGCAGCGCCACCGAGUCCGAGGGCAGCCCGCUGCCCAGUAACCAACCAGCAUUCCCAGUCCAGAUCUUACCCUAUCUCUACCUGGGCUGUGCCAAAGACUCCACCAACCUGGACGUUCUGGGCAAGUACAACAUCAAGUACAUCCUGAACGUCACUCCCAACCUGCCCAACAUGUUCGAACACGACGGGGAAUUCAAGUACAAGCAGAUUCCCAUCUCUGAUCACUGGAGCCAAAACUUAUCUCAGUUUUUCCCUGAAGCCAUUUCUUUCAUAGAUGAAGCUCGUUCCAAAAAGUGUGGCAUCUUGGUGCACUGCCUAGCAGGCAUCAGCCGCUCGGUCACCGUCACGGUGGCGUACCUGAUGCAGAAGCUCAACCUGUCGCUCAACGACGCCUACGACUUCGUCAAGCGCAAGAAGUCCAACAUCUCGCCCAACUUCAACUUCAUGGGGCAGCUUUUGGACUUCGAGAGGACACUGGGGCUGAACAGUCCCUGCGACAACCGCUCGACGCCCAACGACCAGCUCUUCUUCACCACGCCCACCAAUCACAACAUGUUCCAGCUGGACACGCUGGAGUCCACAUGAAGGCCAGCAGAGGAUGCUGGGUGGGAGCAGCCACCCUUUGAAUGUUUAUCUCCAAUCUCCAGGGGAGCUUUUGUCCUGGAGGACAGGCCAGCAGCAGCCGCGGCGACGGGAGGGACGGAGGGUGGUUAAGCACACGGGCCCCUCUCACGCCCUCCGGUGGAUUUUAAUGCAGCUUUUCUUGCCUUCAUGGAACAGACUGUUCUUUUUUUGUUUUUUUUUUUUUUUUUCUUUCCUCUCACGGUUUGAUACCCGAGAAGAAACUUGAGACUUUUGCACAGCGCUUGGCUCGAAGAGAAGCAAGCUUUGAUUGCAGAUGCCCUCCCGUCUCGCACCGCGUGGGAUUUUGCUUUUCUACCCGGAGGAGAGCGCAGGGUCGGAUUCGUUCUUGGGGCGAAGGCCGAGAGGUGCGCCACACACGUGUCUAUAUCUUCGUCUCUUUCCUCGGCGCAGAACCAUGUUGUCCAAAGUAGUGACGGUGUUGGCGACACAAACAAACAUUGUGAGCCCUCCCCCUCUUUAUUCUCUCUCUCUCUCUCUCUCUCUCUCUCUCUCUCUCUCUCUCUCUCUCUCGCGUUCGCUCGACGUUUGCAAUGACCUAAUGCGUUUUGCACAGUGGCGAAGCCUUUCUCUUCUUGGCACUUAAAAGCGGUACUCCAACACACACAGAAAGAGACAUUCAGAGGAGCUGCCAGUCCUAGGCUGCGACGAGGCUCCGCAGCUGCGUGGGGCGACGCGCGCACUUAAAGCUCAUUGUUCCUUAACCGCGAGAUCGACAGAUCCACGUUUGUGUCCCGACUUCCGGGCUCGCUCACCUUCUGGCCUUGGCGAUUCUCAUUACAGUAUGAAUAUAUUGUAUUAAUUUCUACGUAAGAGUAUAUCUAUUCACUCGAUGUAUUUGGGCAUGCAAUCCUCUCGAGGCGUGGCACGUCACCGAAUGUUGAGGACUGUUUUUUUAACUACUCUUGUUGCCCCCGGGCAGCAAACAGUGUGUAGCGAGGGCGUUCCUGACCGCAGGAACGAGCGACUGGACCUGAGCGGACGAGUGCUUGAGUUAACAGGGUUGCUUUAAGCUGGCCUUAUAUAACCUUUUUAAUUCUUUCCUACUCUGACUGUUCAAUACUCUCUUUGUAUCUCACUUUAGAAAUCGUUGUAUUACCAAGACGUUUGUUCAUUUUUAAAGAAACCAAUACGUAGUAAUAAUAAUAGACGACUAAUGGUCUUUAACGGGUCAGUCAAGGUUGUAUUUGUUACUCUGCAAUAUACUCAACAACCCUUUGCAGUAUUUUCUAGAAAACGGCCUCGGGUUUUUGACUCCUCUACUUUUGAUACUAGAGAUAUCCACAGAGAUAUAGCUUGAAACGGAGGCAGCUUUUGGCCCGGGGUGUCCGGAGCGCGUCUGGGUGCUGGGCGCUCGCUCGUGUUUCGUCCAAUUCGAUUAAACCCACGGAUUUCCUUACUAUACAAAAUACGUGCUAUAUACUGACUCCUGUGGCCUUUUCUUUUCUCUUUCUCUCUCUCUCUCUUUCAUUAUAUAUAUAAUAUAAUAUAAUAUAAUGUAAUACUCAUCUUGUGCAGAUAUGCAAGAGUCGCUCCCAUUAAUGUAAAUCAUCACGGGUUGAAACGACCCAGACACAAUAACAACACGGCGCUCUCGCAUCACCCCGGGACGGAAGCGCGCUUCAUUUCACGGCUUCUUUAUUUACGUGUACAUCUUGAUUUCGAGCUGCUUUUUGUGGAGGAAUGUUUGUAUCUGUAACCAUGGGAAAGAGAAACCGUUCGUGUUUUUCUGUUCGUAUAUUGCCAGAACACAGGAACAAGGCUUUCUGUGGACGUUUCUUGUAGCUACACAACGGUUCUGCGAAUAAUAACAGUAGGAACGAAAGCGAACAACACACACAGGAACUAGAUGAGCGAAUAAGGAACUGUAUAUCUUACCUCACCGAGGAAUUUUUCAGGGAUUUUUAUUUGACAAUGCGUCGGCAUCGUGUUACAGCUUCAAAUGUCAAAGAGCUGUUUUAUAUGUGCUGUAUACAUUUUUUAAAAGAUACAAUCUAUCUUGUGUGUAUAAUACUGGGCUUGGUAACCGGGCAGUUAAAUUUUCUGGUUUAUGAAGGAUAUAAAAUUGUCCCUAUGUAUUGUAAAGUAUAUGAAAACCAAUACAAGACUUGUUUGUACUGCAAAUAAAUAUUGAAUUAUUUUUUGGUUA